AGCCGAAAUCAGACAAGUCCCUUUCACUUCAACCCUUCCGCACCCAACCCAAUUUCCUCUCUCAAACAAAAACCUCUCUUUUGGAUCUUUUGAUUCCAAUCUUCUUCCCCUUUUCCCUGAAACUCUAUCUCCCAUCACAAAACACGGUGUUGUUUUCCCUUCAAUUUCCAUUUCCUUUUCUCGAGAAACUGAAUGCGGUGUUGUUAGGGUUUCGAUUCUCCGCACCUCUUCCACCGUUCGUUCGGGUUCCCUGCACCUUCUUCCUCCGCGAAUCUCACACACUCCGCUUCCGUUUCCGCUCUCCUUUGCUUCGAAAUUAGGGUUUAUAGGUUUGGGGCUAAUUCUUCUCUCGGUUUCGAACCAGUUAGAUCGUAGAAGAUGUAUGCUGAUCGGGUGGAGAGUGGAGCAAGGAGGUCCGUCAAGGAACGACUGAAUGGGACUGAUGCCAGUGGCUCUACUCGCCAGCAUCGCCAAAUCACCGGCAAGAGAUCGAGGCAAGAUGACAAGUGGGAACAUGAUCUAUAUGACAAUGAUGAACCCCGGAUCACUAGUAUGGAUCGCAAAGUUACUGCCCAAGAUCUUCGUCAUAAGCUUCAAAAGAAAGGUCUUCAACCAGCAGCUCCAAGUGGAAAGAGUUCUGUUCCAAACAUGCGGGAUCUCCGUGAAAGGCUAUCAGGGACAAUGACUGCACAACCUAAAAAUUCUGACCCUCCAAAGUCAAAAGUGAUGGGUAAACCAAGCAAUAAAAGCGUCGGUGUCGAGGCUCCUGCAGCAAAGAUUAAAAGAUCCACUAACCCUGCUCCUAAAACUUUGGCACGAAAGGCUGAGACUUCAGUGGAUGAAUUUUUGCAGUCGUUGGGUCUCGAAAAGUAUCUCAUAUCUUUCCAGGCUGAAGAACUGUUAUUUCAGGUUGAUAUGACAGCUCUCAAUCAUAUGACCGAUGAAGAUCUCAAAGCUAUGGGUAUACCAAUGGGGCCAAGAAAGAAGAUACUUUUAGCGUUGGAGUCUAAAGUCUGACAUGUAGUUUUGGAAUUGAUAUCAUUAGCUGGAUGGACCAGUUGUUUAUGGACAGUGGUGGAAGAUGGAUCAGCUUCUUAAAACAAAGUGUAAUAGCAUAGCUCUUUUGACUAUCUUUAAUUGUUAUUAUUUUCUUUUGGCUUAAAUAUACUCUGGAGGUCCCUAGAAUUGUAUGACGUACGAAAAUAAUUGUUAUGAUUAAAUCUAGUUCAGGCUCAAGAA